AUGGCAGAAUUCGAUAGGGCUUGCUAUCGAAAAUUGUAUAGAUUACGCCAAUUUUACUCGCUCACUCCGGAUUCUUCGAGCGCGGGGCAGGCACUGCGCACCUUUCAGGGACCUUUGAGUCAAAGUUUGAAGCCCAAUCAAGGACUAGCCAAGGCCUCUCUUGAUCGAUCCCCUGUGGAGUUUGGGAAGAGGCGAGACGACACGCCACAAGAAUCCAGGGAAAUGAGAUUCGUCGAGCAAUCGCUGGUUUGCCUGGUCGGUGUUCUAGGCGAAGCGCAAAGCUACGAGUUCAAACAAGUUCACGGGAGCGUCGUUAGGCUUGCAUUGAAGUCGUUUAACAUGGAGCCGUUUGACCGGGAUUAUCCAGGGCAUGCUGGAGUACGAGGUCACAUACUCCCGGCUCAUCUAUUCCACCGGCGACAACAAUUCCACCAAACGGCUUCCACGAGAUUCACCUACAGAGUCAUCGGGUUGUACGGGAAACUAGCGCACAUAUUCCUCCUGACCCCGAUGUCGCUCAUCAACCUGACCAUCGUCCUCCUCUUGAUUGCUGCUACCCUUCUAUCGACGCCAUCCACAUGA